ACUGCAGGAGUGUUUUCUUUCAGCGAAGAGCCAGCCAAUAAGGAGAAGAAGGAAGAAAAAAAGGAAAAGGGAAAAGGGAAGAUAGUUGAAAAGAUGGAUCCAAAGACGAAGCAGAUGAUCCUAUCAGCUCUCUGUAAACACUUCUCCUUAGACUCUGCACCAUUUCUGGGCGGGGCUGCCGAGAAUGAUGUCAAGACGCUGUAUUCUAAUGUUUUGAAGGCAUCUGGGAAGGAAGUGUCUGCACAAAUCAAUGAGGAGGUUUUGAAGUGGCUGGAUUUUGCGGAAGGUCUCCCAGCAAAUUCAAAGGAUUGCUUUGCAGCUCUUGAAAAGCUAAAUGCAGAGUUAGCCGUCAAGUCUGUGCUCUUGGGAAAUGGAUUGACGCCAUCGGCAGCUGAUGUUGCUGUGUUUUCAGCUUUGCAUUCUUCAGUGCUUGACCUCUCAGAUUCAGACAAGGAGAAAAUACCACACGUCAUAAGAUGGGUGAACUACAUCCAGAAUAAAGAAGAGCUGUCAACAUUAUUUGGACCAAUUCCUGUGAAGCUACCACAGUUUGACUUCGAGGUAUCAAAAAGUGUGAUCAAGGUGGAUGCAAAUACUAAUACAAAGAAAGCUGCAGAAAGUGCAAAGCCUGUUGACAAGUCAGAAGCUCAGCCGAGCACAAAGAAAACUGAGCCUGAGGAGCCAAAGAAAAAGGCUACAAAACAGAAGGAUGCCAAGAAAGAAAAGAAGAAACCUGCUGAAACUGAACCAGCUAACAAAGAGGCAGAGCUUAGUGUCAGUUUGCUAAAUAUUCAGGUCGGACUAAUUCGAAAAGCAUGGAAGCACCCAUCGGCAGACAGUUUGCUUGUGGAAGAAAUAGAUGUCGGGGAGGGUAAAGUUAGGCAAGUCGUUAGUGGCUUAGCAAAGUUCUGCAAUCCGGAUGAUCUAGCGAACCGCCUUGUUGCGCUCAUUACAAAUGUCAAACCUGGAAAGCUACGAGAUGUAAUGUCAGAAGGACUGGUUCUUUGUGCUUCAAAUGAAGAUCACUCGGUGGUAGAACCGUUGUUACCACCUGCUGGAGCUAAACCGGGAGAGCGUGUUUCAUUUUCAGGGAUCGAAGGAAAGCCAGAAGAUGUACUGAACCCAAAAAAGAAGCAACUUGAGAAGAUAACACCGCAUCUCUACACCGAUGAAAGUGGCGUAGCCACAUACAAAGGCAUACCAUUCAUGACCUCAGCUGGGCCUUGCACUUCCAGCAUCCCCAAGGCUACAAUCAAGUAGUAAACUUUAGACUUCUUCUUCUCUUCUCGUGCAUUUUUCUUUGAUAUUCACAAACUUUGUUGGGGAAAAAAGGAUAUUUUUUGUCACAAUUCGAGUUUAUCUUCAACUUUCUUAUUGAUAGCUUUCUGCUAAUGGAUUUUGUUUCAAGU